AGAAGUAUAUACAAAAGGAAAAACGAAUGCAGGUGGGCACGCGUAGCGCAUAUACGUAUUUCUAUACAAGUGCAUCCCCUGAAAUCAGAAAUCGAGUCUAGCACUAUCGUCACAAGAUUUUUUCAUUUUCAUGUUUCCGUCAUUUGUUUCUCACGUCACAAAAGUAUGUAUAGCAAAGUCGCCUCUAAAAACUUCGUGUGAUUGAUGUGUUAGUUUCUGUUAGUUUAUGAUUUUUUUUUCGUUUUUGGGAGGCAGGGUCAGUGAUCAUCUUCACCCAGAAAAGAGCGUUGAUUUGUGAAUCUGUUUGAGCAGCUAUUUUUUCAAACUGGUGCGCUGGGCGUUCAUUUUCAUCUUUUUUCUUUGUUGUUUCCCGGAGGACAAAAAAUAUCAUGGUAAAGAUUCGGACAGGCGAUUGGACCUGCCCUGGCUGCCGGACAAUUGUCUUCGCCUCGAAGGACAAGUGCAUCAAAUGCAACUUCGACCGCAGCCUAGCGGCGAAGGUAGGCGAACCGGAUUGGGUUUGCAAGCAUUGUCAGGAGAUCAAUCGGGCUAGCAAAAAAGAAUGUGUCAAGUGCGGAACCGCUCGCAGUACUAGUAGGCCAUCGAGCAGGGAAAACAGUCAUGUUGACGAGGACGAACAAAUGGGUGGCGCGACUCCGGGCGAAGGACCAGGUAAUGUUGGCAAUGAUCUAUACUACUACAAGUACAACCGCCGCGGUGUAGUUCUUCUUGUUAGGAAAUAUUUGCGGGGACUGAUGGCCCGCCCAGGACGACCGCAUUAUACAGUCUCCUCCAGGUUGUGGUACUGCAGGCUGUUGAAGAUGUUCAUACAUACAUCGGCGAAUGAAUUGAAAGAACAAAACCGCGCUGGUUCACCCGGAUGCGAGAUGCCCAGCAAACUGCCGAUCGCGCCGCGCGCCCAGCAUGCCCACAGGUCGAAUACCAUGUGGCUCCUGCCGCAGCAUCGUCGUUGCCUUUGAAUCGUACCUAGCCUGCCGCCCAGCCGCGCCUACGUCUUUUGGUUUGUUGUUGUUCUGUUUUAUUUUCGUUUCAAAGAAUUGGAAGCCGAAGCCUUUUCGCACAGAAACCGCAUGCACGCACAGUUGUCAAAAUAUAGAAUAAUCAUAAAGAUUAAGUAAGAUAAAUCAAAAUCAAUCAACAAAGCGGCCGCCUGGUUGCUGUCGCUGUGCGCACGGCUUCGCAGUUCCAACAUUAUGCGGAAUCGCAACUAUUUUUUAUCACAAUGGAGAAUCAGCAUAUAAUGCUAGAAAAUGGCUCAGACUGCUAUGACUACGAUCGAUCGGAAGCAACGGCCGCAGGAUCUUGAAGUCGAACUUCACGGAUUUUCUCGAGUUUAUACUAUAUGCAAAAACGGUAAGGCUUUGAAAUGAUUCUUUACAGGUAGUGCUCUUGACGAUCAGGGUGGAUCUGGAUACGGUACGCCCGCUAUUGGUGGUGAACCAGCGUCGCAGGACGAUGGCCAGCACCUCACCCCACCAGGCUUCGUGAUUGAGGAACAAGGCCCCAACAACAGCCCCCGGAUGAUGAUGAACCCGUUUGCUGUCGAGGCCCAGAGCUCCUUCAACGUGGACGACGAGAUUUCCAAGGAAAUCAGCCAUCAGAACGUAUUGGACAUGCUGGAUGACACGCUCGCCGUGACUAAGAUGUCGGUGGACCGCGAGUCGGACUUGCUGGAAAGCUCCUUAUCCCAAGCGGCGCUGUCGCACAACAAGAAGGGCGACGGGAAGAAGGGGGGACCGAACAAUCGGCUGGACGGCGAUUGGGACUGCGUCACCUGUGGCGUGAUGGUGUUUGGGUCCAAAGACAAGUGCUUCAAGUGUUCGCGCGCGAAGCCGAAGGUUGCCAAAGACGCACCCAACCGGCGUGAGGGGGACUGGGACUGCUGGAAAUGCGGCGAGCUGGUCUUUGCCAAGAAGUCCAAGUGUUUCGUCUGCAACUUCGACCGCCGCGACGAGCCGCCAGCGGGCGGCCGGCCGCGCAACCGCAGCACGCCGCGGGGUCGCGGAGCUGGCCGAUCGCGGUCCCGAGACCGCCAGCGUCGGUCCCGCUCGCGCCGGCGUGGUGAUCACGCUGCCGACCUCUCCGAGCCCAUCAGGAAUCCCACUGGCGAGGUGCGCGAGGGCGACUGGUCGUGUCCCAGCUGUGCCACGCACUGCUUCGCGUUCCGCGACAAUUGUUUCAAGUGCGGCUACGACAAGAGAAAAGGCGGUGCGUCUGUCGAACAGGAGCAGCCCGUCCGAUCGCAAAGGACGGGAAGGAUGGAGCGAGACCAGUUCGGAGAGCAGUCGCAAACCACCAGAAAAGGUAAUGGGAAGGCAGCGGAUUGGCCGUGUCCAAAAUGCGGAACAUUGGUGUUUGGGUCGAAAGACGACUGCUUCAAGUGUGGAUAUUCCCGCGCUACUUCCUCCUCCGCCGCGCCGCCCUCGCAGAGGACGGCAGCCGCGACUGGCCAGCCUACGCAACGCCGUGGUGCUGCGGGCGGCGGACAACAGGAUCAUCCGAACGCCCGCCCCGGGGAUUGGAACUGUCCCGGCUGCGGAAUGCUUGUGUUUGGUUCCAAGGACAGUUGCUUCAAGUGUGGUUACUCGAGGUUGAACGAUGCAGGUCCACCUGGCACACCCGGGGGAGCCUCGGGGACAAGGCCAUCAAACAAUGCUAGCGGUCCAUACAGCAGUUUCAACGCAGCUCCAACGCCUGUUGGAGCCUCCUCGGGAGCCGGGAGCCAGAACGUUCGCCCGGGCGACUGGGCCUGUCCAAAGUGCAAUACCAACGUGUUUGCGUCCAAGGAUUCUUGUUUCAAGUGUGGUUACUCUCGGUCGGCCCCUGGCGGUGCAGGUGGUGGCAAGAGUGCGGCAUCCAAAGGCAAAGGUUCAGGGAAGCAGGGAAGCGACAUUGUAAGGCCCGGUGACUGGCCGUGUCCAAAGUGCAACACUAAUGUGUUCGCAUCCAAGGAUAGCUGCUUCAAGUGUGGCUAUAGGCGUGAAGUGCUUGCACACUAAUGGAAUAAGAGUACUUAAUAAAAUUAGAAAAGUUGAAGAUGAAGCAAGUGCGAAAGCGAUGCUGAUGAAACACAUGCAACAAAGACAAAAGUCCACGGAUAAGAACAACUGGUGAUAUGAAGAUUGCCGCAGCUACUUUUUUUGUUGGAAGUGUUUCAUGAAGAUGAGAAUGUGGCUCUAUUGCUGAUAGAAGACGCGCUUAACAAGCUUGUGGGCCGACGUUUCUUUGCAGCAGAUACGACAAGACGCAACUUACGACCAUCCACAUGCAGGGUUCUCAUCACGGCCACAAGCACUACAAUUCGGAGCAGAGAAUAACAUAUGCAUGACUAGCACAGAACGGAAAAGAAGAAGCAUCAAAUUUGAAGAAAUCAAGCAGCUACACGUUACAUUAGUUGUACUCUCGUAUGAUCUAUGAACGGAGGCAUCACGACCAAGCCGCUGCGCAAAUUCAACUAGACGGAGACCUUGCAUUGUAGCUAGAAGCAAGAUUAUGUCGAUUUUCGAUUCUCUUUGGGCUGCUGAUUAAAACUGUUGAACGAUCAUGAUGAAAUCGCACGAAGAUACCGAAGAUGGCCAAGUAGCUAUAAG